GGAAUCCCGCCGGAGUUUGACGUCGGACAGUAGUGCGCUUUAAACUCUUCCCUCGCGCGCCCUCGCGCGCGGCGAUCUCGGAAAGGCGCUCUACGCGGAACCGUCGAAAAAAGGUAAACAGUUAGUCGACCGAGAGAGAGAAAGAGAAAGAGAGAAAGAGAGAGACGGACACGCGGUGCCGGGCUCGAGGCUCGACGAGUUUCAAUCUCGGCGCAAGGUCGCCCCGUCUCGGCUCUCGGCGCAGUGUUUACGUCUGGAUAUCGAAAUCGAAGACGCUCGCGAAGACAGCUAGCACGGAUAGCGACGGCGACGCGCGGCCGGUGUCAGAAGUCAGAAGCGUUCACGCUCGGGCGGGCAGCGUGGCGAGUCAACGUCGAUGACCGUGCCGGGGAUCCGAGGACGGAUCGGACGCUCUCGGCUGUCUCGGCACCGAGGUGAUACGUGCGGCACGCGACUUCCGCUCGCGGAGCGAGCGGGUCUACCGGGAGCGCGCGGUCCCGGGACGCUCGUACACGUACGCGAAUGCCAGUGAAUCGUUCCUCGACGCUCCGAUCGACGGAAAGUUGUUGUCGUCGUCGCGCGUUGUGCGCGAGCGCGGCGUGUAAUACCGCGACGAUAUCGCGCUAUCCGCGGUGCAGUGAUACCAUCGACGGUGAGGUGUAUGUCGCGCGCCGCGUGUCGUGUCCGUAUUGCCGCGGGAGAGUAAAACGGAGGAGAGAAAACGAAGCCGAGAGAGAGAAAGAGAGAGAGAGAGCGCGACAAGGCAAGGGGAGUACGAGAAACGUGACGUGUGACCGGGAAGUGUGAAUACAUUUCGCUUGGAACUCGCGAAGCUGCCGACGAGCGAGGUUCGGAAGAGAGAAGAUUCGGGAAAAGAGGAACACGGUGAUUCUCGACGGGACGCUCUCGAUGUAUCCCUGGUACCGUGACAGCGUCGCGGCUGCGGCGGCAGCUGGCCUCGGGGGACCGGUCGGCGUCGUGGGUUCCGGAUUCUGCUCGACCGGGCCCGGCCAGGGUGGCACCACCAUUAAGACUGAGAGCGGAUAUUCCGACUGCAUGCUCGCCCUCGACUACGUCCAGAGUAAGAAAAACUCAUUUGCAUGGUCGGAGGGUGGCGAAGAAGGCGGCGGCGGCGGUGGAGGUGGCGGAGGAACGGGUGGGACCGGAACAGGUGGUACGGGUCCUGCGACCACCGGUGGCGGUGGACUGGCCCAUUGGGUCAGUGUUAUGGCGGAGCACAUUCACAAUCCGCACUCAGCCACUGGCGUCAGUGUUCACCAUCAACAACAAUCCCCACCUCAACCGCCUUACCCGUGGAACAAUGGCCUUUCCAGUGACCAAUGCGCCCCGCACGACAAGGAAAGCGACUACUGGGGUGGCGGCAGGGGCGCGAAACAAGGUUACGAGCACUUUCUGUUGCAGGCGAAAAUGAACGCGGACCAUGGUCAGCUGCAGAAAGGCGAUGAGCAGUAUCGGGGCGCCGGCGGCUCGAGCAGCGGAAGCCCGCCAGCCAGCCUUUUGGUGGUUCCUCAGCCACUCACCGUAAAACCUUCCCAUCCGUCGCAUCUGAAUUCCCAUCUUGGUGGACCUCAUUCGCACCCGCCGAGGAAGUACCAAUGCAAGAUGUGUCCGCAGAUAUUCGGUAGCAAGGCGGAUCUGCAGCUUCACACGCAGAUUCACAUGCGCGAGGCGAAGCCGUACAAGUGCACGCAGUGCUCCAAGGCGUUCGCCAAUUCCUCGUACCUCUCCCAGCAUACGAGGAUCCACCUGGGCAUUAAGCCGUACCGUUGCGAGAUUUGCCAACGGAAGUUCACCCAGCUGAGCCAUCUACAGCAGCACAUCCGCACGCACACCGGCGACAAGCCGUACAAGUGCCGGCAUCCUGGCUGCACGAAGGCGUUCAGCCAAUUGAGCAACCUACAGAGCCAUUCCCGAUGCCACCAGACCGACAAGCCGUACAAGUGUAACUCCUGUUACAAGUGCUUCUCCGACGAGCCGAGUCUGCUCGAGCACAUACCGAAGCACAAGGAGUCGAAGCACCUGAAAACGCACAUCUGCCAGUACUGCGGUAAGAGUUACACCCAGGAGACCUAUCUGGCGAAGCAUAUGCAGAAGCACGCGGAAAGAACGGACAAGAGACCGCCGAUCAUCGGCACCGGCCUCAGGCCGUCGAUACACGCGAUGACCGCCCACCAUCAGGACCACUACUGGCCCAAGGUCAGCCCGGACACGGUGAUCGGCGACCUGCACGAGAGGCUGCCGCACCAUCACACCGAAUACCAUCAGAAUCAGAACCCGGAGAUGUUGCUGCCGGGACACGGGCAUCGCGCCGGUGAGUCCAUAGAGAACGACUCGAGGCAACAGACGCCGCAACCGGGCGCGAAUCAUCAUCCCAACAGCAGUUCGGCCUUCACGCCGAUAUCGUCGAUCUCGAUCAACUCGAUCUCCUCGAUGCAGCACCCGUUGAAUCCGCUGAAUCACCUGCACUACCCCGGUAGCCAUCACCCGGCGUCCCGGCCGUACCUCUACGAGGCGUUCAACCCAACGCAGAAGUCCUCGCCAACGUCCUCGUCGUCCGGGGUGACGCCCGGCACUACCAGCAAUCAGAACGCCACGUCCUUCCCGAAUCAGCUGAUCAGUCUUCACCAGAUUAGGAACUACGCUCACCAGCCGAAUCUCGGCAACCUGGGCAACCUGGGGAAUUUGGGGAAUCUGAGCAAUCUCAGUAAUCUUAGUGCCACGAUGGAGAGCCACUCGCUGUUAGGCGGUCUCAAGGAGAAGCAGUAAUUCUGCCUGUUCUUUGAAGAUUAACUGCUCGGAAAGCGCGUUUGUGCGAAGCUCUCUCCGUCUCGCUCCGCAAACUAUCCUUUUUCUUCUGCUUUUCUACGUGGCACGUCAUGACGCUGGCUCUUCAUCGCAACUCGGUCGUUUUCUUCUCCGUGAUCUCUUUACCCGUCUAAUUUAUUCACCACAUUGGUGUAUGUAAAUCCCCUACCGCGAGUAAAGCUCCUACUUUGCUUUGGUCUUACACGCGUAAACAGGUAUGUAUGUAAGAAGGACAGGGUCUUGUCGUUUAUCGUGAUCUUGUAGAUUAAUGCGUAUAGUGUGGAAAUUAUCGCCGGGAAACGGAUAAGAAAUACGAGAUGAAAGUCGAUGUAUGCUCGAAAAUCGAUUAUUUUCGACAACUUAUAAAAAGAUUAUAACGCUCUCCCUUAUCCCCCCUUUUUUAUCUCUUCUUUCCUUUUUAUCUUAUCUUAUCUCUGAUCCUUUUCAUUCCGUAUAUGCAUAACUCAAUUAGGAUGCGACUUGCAUGUCUUAUGUUAUCAUAUAUUAUAUAUAUGAUAUAUAAUAUAUAUUAUUAUAUUAUAUUACAUUAUAUAUAUUGGUCAAUCUCAAGAAUCCAUUGUUACAUGCAUGAAAGGACAUAUUCAUUUCAAUUAAAACUAUUCCAUUGGUUUUGAUCGCCGAUAAAUAUUCGAAUUGAUAAUUGUAAUUGAUAAACCGAAGUUGGAAACUGCAGGAUUGACGAUUCCAACAACUAUUUCUUUUCUAACUUUUUUUUUAUAGAUUGCAUUCAAAUAUUUCGAUCGUUAUCGAAAUUGAAGGCACAUUUAGCACGUUUAAUUUUCAUCGUUUCCGAUAUUUAAUCAAAGUUCGGAAUUAUAUACACUUCGUGUUAUUUCGCAGUGCAACCGCAGAACACGUUGGAAACCUUGGUUUACAUUCCUUUGAUAUAAUAAGACUGACGUGACGUAGUUUCCUCGAAGAGACUACGUCUUUGCAUACUGGUCUAAUUAUUGAUGAUCGAUAUUGAUCGCCGAUCGAUGAUCAUCAAGAAACCGUUCGUUGUUUUCCCGCAACUGAAAAAUCUUAAUCUCUGUGUCGGUCGAGGAUACAAUCGAUUUAACUCGACUGUUCGCCGAUUCUCCACGCUUUUCAGCGUGCGCUAAUCCCCGCCAAUAAUCAUGCGUGCCAAUUACGUGCUAGAAAGUUCCAUCAAUACGCAUUCGUUGCGAUAUAAUCCAGACGAUCUGACGCCGGUCGUUUAAAGCUUGACAUUUGAAUGAUAAAGUGGAGCACGAUCAUGGAUUAACUUGUAUUCGAAUGGUGGACGAUACACUUUCAUAAUGCUAGAAAGUAUAUAUGACGUGUUGACGAUGAACUGCGAACUGGUUUCCUCCUCAGUUUAUCAGAAAAGAUUUUAGUUGUGAACAAGAUCGGAUUCUCAUAUCUUCCGUUUAUAAAUGACCAAUGAUAUUUAUAUUUUUAGAAGAGUUAUAUGAAGAGAAAGAGAGAGAAAGAGAGAGUAAAAAAGUUUUUAAUAAAUUUGCUCCAAAUUGUAAGUUCUUUGACACCGGUAAUUUUCGACACAUUCCCUGCUCUGUAUUUCUUAUCACUUUACCUUAUCCAAUCGUUUUGGACGAUCUAACAGGAAUUAUUUUUUUACGUUAUUCUCACGAGAAAUAUUCUGAAUUUAUCAUCAAUUGAUGUUCUAAGUUCCAAGAUUAAUUACAUAAUUAUUUUAUUCUACUUUUUUUUAGUUCUUUUAUUCUUUUCGUUUCAUUUACUUCUUUCCCUUCACUUUACAUUCCUUAUUUUUUACUACGUAUAUUCCAAGAGCGCUGGAUUAUAUUUAAAAAAAAAACAUACUAUAUAUGAUUAUAUAAAAAAUGUAAAAAUUUGCAGUUUAGUUAAAAUUGCAGUUUUGUUAAAAAUAAAUAUCUCUUGUAACGCGCGUUGUGACCGCUAAGUUUUAAUUAAUUUAAGAUUUCGUCGCAAUUUACAAAGCAAAUCGUUGUUACGGAGACAAGUAUAUACUUAAAGGAAAUAUACGGAAUAUGCGGACUGAUAAGAUAAGGGAUUAGGUACGAUAUGACAAAAGGUACAUGCGAACAUUAUAUCUUGACGUAUAUGCGGAAGAAAACGGAUAGGCAGAUAUACGAAAAAAAAAUGAGCGAAAAGUAUUUCGCACUGUCGAGAAAACAUUUUUGCAGAAUUAUGCGAAAGCGCCAGUAGUAACGAAGUUAUAAUGAAGAGAAGAACGUUAUUUAAAAAAACCGCGAAGACUGGCAUAUAAAUAAAGACACACGAGAAUCUCGUUUAGAAAUAUAUACGGACACAAUAUAUAUAUGUAUAUAUAUGUAUAUAUAUUUUAUGAAGAGUAUAUAUAUGUAUAUAUAGAUAUAUAAUAUAUAAAAGCAUCACGCACAUACUGUAAGAGAGCCGCACGGAGACCUCUUUGUAAAUAGGUGCUAUAUAAAUAAACAAAAAAAAAGUAUAUUCAUAUAUUAAUUUAACGGAUUAAUAUAUGCAUAUACGUAUAUAUACAAAUACAUAAAUAAAGAAAAUAAUUAUUAUCAUCACCAGCGUCAUCGUCUUUAUCAGCAUCAUUAUUGUCAUCUCGGCCAUUAUUAUUAUAUUAUAUUAUUUUUAUUUGCAUUAUUAUUACUAUUGCUAUUAUUAUUAUUAAUAUUAUUAUUAUUAUUAUAAAUUGAUUAAUAUUUUGACCGAUAUUUAGUAGGUGUGUAAGGUAAAAGAAAAAACAGACUCUAAUAAUGAAGAUAUUCUAAGUACCUUUCCUAAUAUCUAAGUAAUCUUAUGUAUAAUCUGUUGCGUGCGUAUGCGUGUGCGCGUGAGGAAGAGAAAGAGGAAGAAGGAGGUAGGGAAAGAAAGGGAGAAAGAUGAACAUGUAUAUGCGACCAUUGUAGAUAAUUUGUUGUUAUGGCGUUGGACGCGCUCUCCUACGGGGUUCCCGCAUGACCGAUCGUUUUCAAUCGAAGUUACGUUGUUGUUCGCAGAAGAAUACAAAAGAGCUUGAUCAUUGAGUUUUUGCAUUUUUAAUCGUAUAUACACAUUUCACUCUUAUUUCCAUCACUGUCGGCGUAGGAUUUUUACGGGCGAGACGGUGUCUACGGUGCCAAUUUAUUUCCGGUUUCUUUUACUCGCGUCGAGAGUAAUCGCGACUUCAGGUCGGCGAGAGGGAACCCCGCGUGGAGGUCACGUUCGCGCUUUACCUAUGCUCAAGUUGUUUAAAACUAUUACGUUGUUAUUAAGAAAAUGAUAGGACAAUGAACGAGAGUAGGGGCGAGGGGUAAAGCAUAUAGAAAAAAAAAACGUUCGAAGUAGAUCCACUUUCUUGCUGCGUGUAGCAGAUAACUCCUUUGCAAUACGGCAUGCAAACCCGCUAUCUCUGGAUGUUUCAGAAAAAAAAAACUAAGUCAACGCGAAAAAAAUGAAAAAGAACAGAAAGAAUAGGCAAACGUAUUAUAUAAUUACGCGCGUACGCGCGCGAUUAUCAAGAAAUCACCUCGAGUGCGUAUACAUCCCGACAAAAAAAGUUGACAAUGGAAUAAAAAAUAUAUAUAUAAUCGAUUGAAAUGCAGAGAAAAGGAUAGACAGAUUACCCAUCACGUGUUGAUUACGAUUGGAUACGUAGGAAAUGAAAUAAGAAUAGUUUCGCGAUGAGAACAAGGGACAGAUGCAAGAUAAGGAACUCCGACCCCGCGCUUUAAUUGUGAUUUCUUCUGCCUAUCCUUAGUUUCAUUGAUUAUAUUAUUAUUAUUAUUAUUAUUUUAUUAAUAAUAUUAUUAUUAUUAUUUCGUUUAAUAAACUGUCACGUGUUAAAAUAAAGGCAAAGGAGAGUUUCUCGAUAUAUGUGAUGCUGAAUUAUUUUGUUUCUCUGCUUUCUGACAAAAGGAUAUAAAUUUUGUUUUGGCCUUUCCCUUCUCUCUUAUCAUACAGCGAAUCCCUCCUUUCGUCCAUUGUGUUUGAGACGUACCUCCACGUACUUUGCACCAGUGAUUGUUAAUUUUUGAAAGGCGACAUUUAUCUAUCGGAUUUUAUAGACUGACAAUUUCGCGAAGAACAUUGAACGAUGCGAAACAAGAAGGUAUAUAUACCUCGUCCAUUGUGCAUUAAUGUUUUAGAAAUAUUUAAUGUUGAAAUGCACGUUAGGACGAGGUGUCUUUCCGCGGCUCUAAAUUUAAUCUGCAUUAAUCCGUAAGUACACAUAGGUACAUGAUCUCUUCGUUAACUGUUCGAUUGCUAUAAAUUAUUUUUUUAUUCGAAGGAUGACACAUUUAAACCGAGACAGUGCAAGAAUUGUUAUUGAUGCCUUUCUUUUAAAAAACUAUUGUUAAAAUACAUUAUUUAAAAAAAAUGGGAUUAUUGUUUUCUUCUCUCACAUACUUACUCGCGUACGCUUGCGCGUACUUACGGAUUAUGAAGCACAAGUUACGGAUGAAAGGAUAAAUCGAGUCUUCAGAAAAUGGAUUUUACUCUUAGCGCUUUCAGCGCGUUUUCUUUUCGUGGAAUGGGCGUGAACUUUCUCCUUAUUAACUAGAAUAACUUAUCUAUUUGUUUCGUCAAAAGGUGGUACAUUAAUAAAAUGAAACAUAGAUUUUUUUUUUAAUUUAACGAAAAUGGAAACGGCACGUGUAAGGCAUUUUUUCCGUACGUAACUUGUCGCUUCUGUGCUGAUCGCAAGGAUUAAAGAAAAUCGCUCCCUCCCCCCCCCGAGUCGCUAAUCAUUACCGCGACUCUCCCCUCGGUCGCGCGCCGUUUCGUUUCCGUUGCACGCCGCUCGAAUCAUUUCAUCCUUCGCUGAUUCUCUGUCGCAAUCCUCUGUCUCUCGUUUCUUACGUUCGAUCACGAUAAAUUUUCGCGAGACACUCGAGCGCACUCGGUUCCAGCGCGCCGCGCGAACACACUUCGCGGACACACAGAUGCCGUCCAAUUAUUCUUUCGUCGUGUAUACAUACAAGGGCAAGGAGGGGGAUCGUGCGUUACGACAUACUAAGGUCAAAGGGAAUUUCUCAUCUAUCCUUCCGCGAUACGAAAAAGAGAGUGCUUCGAAAGACUCGGGGGGAAUGAUAGAAAUGACAAAGAAACAAAAAAGGGAAAAAAAGCGAUGUUCAUAAAACCGAAGAAAAUUACCGAGACAUACCGAUUGACGAAGUUGUACUUUGCUACUCGCGCGCGCGAUUAGUUCCUUCGAAUGACAACGAUCUUUCGGGAGAUUGCGAAAAAAAAGAAAGGAAAGAUAAUACACUCUUUUAGCAAUACUUAAGAAAGCACGGGAGAGGGAGGGGGACAUACACACACACACACACACACACACACACGAAGUCUAUCGACACGGGAAACGAUAGGGUUAACGGAUGAUGUCGACGAGCGGAUGUCGAUCGUUUGUAACGCAAAUAAAUUUCGCAUUCCAAGCAAUAAUUUUACAGUCCGCGUCAAUCCGCCGCGUGUCUAGAUGUUAAAACGGAGAAAUAUCGACAUUCUCUCUCUUCGGGACAAAUUGCGUAUAGCGAGGACACACAUUUGCAUUAUUAGAAUGAUUUAAUAAGGAGCGUAUAUAAGAUAGAGACUGUAUACUACACGAUCUCGUAGCGGGAUCGAGAAACUGUACGUAUAUUGUAUAUUCUUUUAAUUAAAUUGCGUCUGUAUACGCGGACAUUCAUAGCAACGAGAUCCAUCAGAUUAAUACCAUCUUCGAGGGAAAAGGCUUCGCAACCUCACUCUUUAUAUAUCGUUCUCUUUCGGUAAAUAUAGUUAUUAUUAUUAUUACUAUAUACUUCAAGUAUACAAAAGUUGUAAAUGAAUGUUUCUACAACCAGCAUACCUUGCGUAACCAUUAGUCGUCGAGAGGAAAAGCGAGGAAAUAAAUAAAUAAAUAUAUAUAUACAUAUAUAUAUACAUAUAUAUUUAUAUAUGUACAUGAAUAUGUGUGUGUAUAUGUAUUUAUGUAUGUAUGCUUGUGUGCGUGCACUACUCUGUGUUACAACGCACUCCUAGGAGAAAAAAUGCGUGUGACGAGGAAGGCAACUGAUAAGAAGAACGCAUGUGCGUGUACGUAGGAGCGUAUGUUGCGUGAGAGAAAGUAAGAAAGAAAGAGCGAGAGAGGACGCGUAUAAGCGACAUAAGGAAAAACAAUAUAUUAAUUAUUGCGUGGUACGAACAGAACUGUGAUAUUUUAUUGUAUAAUUCUGCGAAAGAGAUGAGAGAGAAAUAUGAAGAGAAAUCUCUAAGGAGUAUAAUACUAUUACGUGAUGAGAAAGAGAGAGUGAGAGAAAGAGAAAGAAAGAGAGAGAGAGAGAAAGCGAGAAAGUGUGUGAGAGAGAGAGAGAGCGAGCGCAAAGAUGAAUAUUACUGUAUUUUACAAAAAAGUGCAUCCUUAAACGCAAUUAAAUGCAAUUGUGCGGGAACUGUACAUACACCUGGUGUCUCCUUAAAGAUAAAAAAAAAAUAAGGUAUCCUUGACUUUUCGGUUGCGUGAGUAGCGCGUAAGGCGUACGGAAGAGACAUUUUAUUGUUCGAUAAGAGAGACAAAUGAGAGGCAAAGCUCUGUCCAGUCGUUCUUUCGCGACUUUAUGUGAGGUAAUGCUCGGUGUUCUCGGGCCGCGCGAGACCCGCGGGUCCCAUCGUCUGAUCGUUUCCUGUUUGUAAAGAUAUAUGUAUAAAAAUAUAUAUAUAUAUAUAUAUAUACAUACAUACAUGUAUAAACUAAAUGUUUCGUAAAAGACAUAUGCACGGAGCCGGGCGACUACACUGCGACGACGACGACGACGACGACGAUGUACUGAAUGAUCGCGGAAAAAGAGAGUAAUAAUUAGCGUAAGCGCAUUUUGUGUCUGUAAAACUACAAACCGCCGAGCGAUGAAUUUUAACCAAUCAUCCCGCGUCCUGACCCGCAUUUCUUGACAUCCCACCUUCAAUCGGUUUCGUAUGGAUUCGGACUUUCCUUCCCUCCCUCUCGCUCAUUUGCGCUUAAUUUCGAUUUGCGGUAAGUUGUGCGAAAAUAACGACGAGAGGCAUUCCGCGAGAUGUGCGAGGGCACGAGCAGGGCGACUUGGAAUCGCGAGCGAACAGAGGGUUGCAAAGGCGGAUGGUAUACAACGGCGACUUUGCGAAAUACAAAGUUUUGCACGAUACUUACGCGGAGGAAGAACGAGCGGAACAAUGUAUGUACGUCGCGGUUGCCUGAAUCUCUUACUUUGCAAAAGAGCGAAAUGGAAAAUCUUUUUAUUGGCGACAUGAUAAUUUCUUUGUUAAUUUGGAUUCGGCUCGUAAUUUCGUCGCAAAUUUAGGCGUAAAUUUGGCCGUCCGAUUGUCGCAUCACGUUUGUCCAAUCUGCUCAGGAUGGAUAUAACAUUUAUAACGCAAUUCUGUGCGUGUACAUGCGUGCAUGCGUCUGUGUGUGUGUGUGUGUGUGUGUGGUGUGAGAAAGACAGAAAGAGGGACGAGAAGGGGACGGCCACGUUUGCGACGCUAAAUGUGCCUCUAGAAUACGGGCUUUUAUUCCACUGGUGGACGCACAAGUGUAAUGGAACACUGAUGAAAAUAUUUUCGAUAAACCCGCAAUUUCCAGAUCGCAAAACGGGCAAAAGGGGGAGAUGCGACUAUCGGUUUUCACUGUAUACCUUCCGUCACUACGAAGCAAACUCCGGUCUUUCUAGUUGCAUUUUUUCUGUAUUUAAAAUGAAACAAGAAUAGCACCAUCUGCGUUUUUGAAGAGGGAGGAAGAGAAGGAGAGAAAAAGUACAACUAAAAAAGGAAUAAAAUGACCGAAGAAUAGUUCCGGCAUUUUCAAGGAAUAUUGCCGGGGGACUUUGCAACACCCUGUGCACGACGUAAUUGAAAAGAAAUAGGCAUAAGGGAUGGUUUUUCGUAUUUCGCGUCUCAGCUAUUAAAAUAACCCAACAUCCUGCACACGCGCGAGUCCACGAACAUCGUUUAACUCUUCGCGAUUCAUCCCGGGGUCAAAACGAUCGAUUCGAACGUCGAUCGUCACUCGAGUACGAGCGACACGUAAUUAUUCAAGAAUCUGCCGCUCCGACAGAGAGUUAAACGAUCCGAUCGUGUUGCCGUAAAUUUCAGUGAUCGAUAUCUGUCAGGAGGACAUGAACGAAAUGUCUCUCCCGCGGGUAUUCUUUUUCUUCCUCCCCCCUUCCCGACUUACGUAGGCUCCGCAUUUAUAGAAUCUUUCCUAGCGCGAGCACGAUACGUAAUGUACAAACGUGUGAUGAUAUGACAUGAUGGAGCUCGUUGCUCAUUGCAGCGCGGAACUCGUACGUCGCUCGCAUCUCGCGUCUCGCAUGGAUCCGAUUCUUUUUUUAAUCUCGCGGCUGAUUCUCGAAACUAGAUCACACGCUGUGAGAUUAUGGAAAAUAGAUCAGUUUCUCCUUUUAAAAAAAUAAAAAAAUAAAAAAUGUUCGAAUCUAAAAUUUGAAUUAUUGAUGUACAGAAUGAAUUUAAAACAUUAAAAUUCAAAGAAUUUAUAAAUUUUAUACAUACGUAUAUAUAUGUAUAUUAUUGGUGGUGUAACGAUUGGCUUUAUUGUUUUCGGAAUGCAACAAAUUUGGCGCUGCGUGAUAUGCCAAAAAGUUUCUCGCGAUGUCUUACGUCUCUAAAUACAUUUCAGUCUCUCGUAUCUAUUUUCAAGCUAUGACAGCAACGUCGAACAGCGUUCCAAUUCCGAGAAAUAAUUAAAUGAAUUGUGCGAGGGAUCGAUGGCGGGUAUUUAGCCGAUUCCGACUUGCACGGACGCGGGUAGAGGAUCCGAAGGAUGCGUAUCGCGACGUACAAUUUUCGCGCUGUUCUGUCGAACGAGGAACUUGAAAAUCGGAGGAAUUCUCGCAAAGUCCGCGAGAAGAAGGAGCUCCCGAGGAACGCUUCGCGAUUCCGCGCGCGAGAAAGCGAGAGAGGGAAAGAGAGAAAGAAAGAGAUUAAUUUUUCGUCGCACAUUUGACGCCGCAAACGCGAUCUCUAACUCUAUAAGUUUCGAAGCGACGUGUCGCGUCACGAACGAUCUGUAAAUAGAGGCUCCAAAAUCGACACGUCGCAAUUAAGUGAUAAUUUGUUAUAGGUAUAUAAGUGCGGCCGAAAUACGAAAUAUCGAGGAGCACCCGACCAACGAGAAAAAAACGUCUUUGCUCCGUUUCGUAAAUCGUCGUUGCCGAUCCGAUCUUUGCGUCGACGAUUGUGUUACGCGUGCGGGAGAUCUACCUGUUACUUUGUAAUAUUAAAGAGCGAGAGAGAAAGUGAGAGAAAGAGCGAGAGAGGCAACCCCCUCGUCCCUCGCGAAAUUUGUCCGGAAUGUCUAGGUGUAAUUCGUCGUCGGAAACGACGAUCCGAUUUUCAAGGAUUUUACGACCAGUCUUCUCGAGAGUCUAAGUCCCCGCGCACAGCUCUGUAAAGCGACAAAUUACAUACAUAACACACAUACAUACACAUGCAUACGGACACGGACACACGGACACGCCCGCCCCCACGACAUCGAAACACACUAAUUGUUCGUCCUUUUUAACAAAUAUAACAGAACUUACGUCUUAC